UUCUCAUCUCCCCUCUCCCCUGCCGCGGCGAGCCGCCCAGCCGCGGCCCGCCCCCAAAACCCUAGCCCCGCCCCGGAACCACACCGCCGAUCCCCCGCCACCUCCCGCCCGCCCCCGCAAUCAAUCCCCCCCCCCCCCACCCACCACACCGCGGCGGGGUGGCCUCGACGACGCGCGCCCCGGCUGCUCAUCCGCGACCCGCUCCUCCAUGGGCGGGCCCAAGGGCGACGGGGACGCGGCGGAGGAGGCGGGGGACGGGAAGAAGAGCGGGACGCCCGGCGCGCAGGAAGGCGGCGCCAGCGCCUCCGACGCUACUGUUUUCGCCGCCGGGUCGGCGAGGACGACGGCCACCGGCGACGAGAGGGCGCCCUGGGCCAAGCCCAAGGCGGUCUACCACGACCCCAGCAUCCCGCGGCCGCAGGACGUGUACCUGAUCAGGGUCAACAACUGCAACUCGCCCUUCGAUCACGUCUGGCUGGAGCGCAGCGACGACGGCACCCGCCCCAUCCACCCCUUGGAAAAACUACCCGUGGAACAGUUUAUUGACAGAAAUGUUCCUGAAAGUGAACCAGUAAGGCCAGCUGAUGUAGACGAUACCCCGUUUACGCUAGUAGAAGACCUGAAAGGAUUGACAGAGUUAGUUAACAAGCUGAAGGAUGUAAAUGAAUUUGCUGUCGAUUUGGAGCACAAUCAAUAUAGGUCAUUUCAGGGUUUGACCUGCUUGAUGCAGAUAUCAACAAGAUCAGAGGACUUCAUUAUCGACACCCUUAAGCUACGCAUAUACAUUGGUUCCUACUUGAAAGAAAUUUUCAAAGAUCCAACCAAGAGAAAGGUAAUGCACGGAGCAGAUCGUGAUAUAAUGUGGUUCCAGCGGGACUUCCGAGUAUAUGUGUGCAAUCUUUUUGACACAGGACAGGCUUCAAGGGUUUUACAGAUGGAACGAAACAGCCUAGAACACCUAUUGCAUCAUUUCUGUGGAGUCACAGCGAAUAAAAUAUAUCAAAAUGCAGAUUGGAGGUCAAGGCCACUCUCUGAUGAAAUGAUCAAGUAUGCGAGAGAAGAUACACACUAUCUGUUGUAUAUAUAUGACUUGAUGAGACUUAGACUGCAAAGGGAGUCCACAAGUGAAAACGAUCUUCUUCUAGAGGUUCAAAAGCGCAGUAAUGAUAUUUGCUUGCAGUUGUAUGAAAAGGAGCUGCUGACAGAUAAAUCUUACCUCCACAUAUACGGGUUGCAGGAACAUGAAUUGACCGCAGCUCAGCUUGCUGUUGUUUCUGCUCUACAUCAAUGGAGAGAUUAUAUAGCUCGUGACCAAGAUGAGAGCACUGGUUAUGUAUUGCCAAACAAGGCUUUGAUUGAGAUAGCAAAGAAGAUGCCUACAACUACCGCAGAUUUGCGAAGAAUCGUGAAAUCAAAAUAUCCAUGUGUUGAUGAUAAUUUUGACCUAAUCUUGGACACCGUAUGGAAUGCAACUGAAAAUUCUGGUGCCUUUGAAGCAAUAGCUGAGCAACUAAAGAAAGUACGGCUUGGUGAGUUAGACUUGAAAAGUAUACUGGACACUGGUGAAGUUAUCGAAAUGGCUCCUUCGGAUGCUGAUAAUGUUGGGAUCAGUUUUGAUCCAGCUGAUCAAUAUUCUUUAGCUCCUUCAUCAACUGCAAAUAUCAGGGUUACUUCUAACAGUAGGGAUAGUUUUAUGACUGAUGGAACUUUGACUGGUAGCAUCUGGCUACACGACAAGACCUCAACCAUACCAUCAUCUGAAAAUAAGACGUCUUGGAGCUUAUCAGGCCUUACUGGACCAUCAAAUAAGGAAGUGAUGAGCAAUAAUAAGCAGGAGACACAUGCUGCUGUUGAAGAACUGAAGAGACCUAUGCCUUUUGGAGCUCUGGUAGGCAAUUCAACAUAUGGAAGACAGACAGAUUACUUUGGAGGAUUUCCAAAUGAGCAGGCUCAAAGCGGCCUUGAUCAGAUUCAGUCUUCAGCUUAUUACUACCCGCAGUUCUCAGACUACAGCAGUUUAGCUGGAUGGAGCCAUCACGAGCCUGAAGGCACGCAGGCCUCUGGGUUCAUGUCCGGUUGCUACUACGGGCACGGCUAUCAUCAAUCGAUAAACCAAAGCGGCCAGCCUGCUGCUAGAAACAAUGGAGGGGGUUUCCAGGACCCGAAGAAGCAACAACCUCAACCUCCCCCUCAUUCGGGCCAGUCUGCUGCUAGAAACAAUGGAGGGGGUUUCCAGGACCCGAAGAAGCAACAACCUCAACAACCCCCUCAUUCGGGUAACUGAAGCGUACUGCUCUGCUGCCUAUAACUAACCGUGCCGCGACAGCCCCUUGUGAUCCAUCCUGUCCUGUUGUGCAGAGAAAUAGUUAUAGAGAAAGAGAGUAGGAAACUGAUCUGUUGUGCCCUCUCGCGUGAGUGGCUAGGCGCUGGACUAACAGAGAUGAGAUGAGAUGAGAUGUGAGAAUAGCCCCAUAGCCAUAGGCCAUAGCAUUUGUUUGUUUCAUUGACAGUA